CCCCAGACCAACAUUCACCACCCAGCCAUAGUCAUCCAAUCCAGCUAUCGUGAAAAUCGCCAUCGUGAAGUUCUACCCCACACCAAAUCCUUCAAGAUUCAGCCCCGUGGAAUCAGGAUGGCUAGGAAUUGUAAACGAACAAUCAAAUCAAAUGAACGGCGAGAGGUUCACCCUCCGUAGUACAAGUGGAAUGAGGAAGAACGACGUCAAGUUGCACAUUCCAGCUCGCAAUGCUACCUGAUUAGUGUGUGUUCCGCCACAAAAGGCAAGAGCCAAUGGCCAGCUUCUCGCGACAUGCAUGUUUCAGAUUCUGCUUGUACUCAAUUCCAUGAUACAUGUCCAUCUUCGACCGUCACAAAACACUUGUGCUGUAGCCAAACGCCAAACGGUUUUAUUCGCAAUAAGAACCUCGGAAGUAGACACCUGCAGGUUGUUUCCAACACAUCACGUGCAAACAUCUCACUUCCAUUGCAUUGCACCAGCAAUCCAAACUCGGGUAGGACCGGCAUAUACAAACAAGAGCCCCCUUUUCCCCCUCCACCACCAGUCGCAACAAGCCAACCCCCCAUAAACCCCACCAAAAUUCCCACCAGGAUCCCCGCCCCCAGAACCGCCGCCGCGCAUAUAACACAUAUCGUCGAAGAUCUCGAUUUUCUGUUCUUUGACAGCGGAGAUUUGGUCCGUGGUGAGCGAUGUGUGUUUUGAGAGGGCGAAUUUGGCUUCGUGGCCACGGGCGAGGAGGGUUUUGGAGGGGGGAGUCUUGGAGAUACUUAUUGGCUAGG